GUAUAAAUCUUUCGCCUUUUACUAAAGAUUUCCGUGGAGAGGAAUACUAUGAGUAUAAACUAAUUUUUUGAUGCCCUGCUUAAUUGCGGGGUGUGUAGAUGUGUUUAAAUGACAGAUAUAUAGGUGUUUUGAUUAAUAGAACGUUUGAACCCUGUAGUGUUUAUAAAGUAAGCAGACAACCAGUGAGGAUGAGGCUUGCGGAGUUUGACCCUUUACCUAUAAGCGUCACCUUUACUACAUGAUCUUUGUCCUUCGGCCUCCGCCCUCCAGAUAACCAGCACAGAAGCACAGCACAGUUUUGAAGAUGGUGGUUUUGUCUAAAGAGUACGGCUAUGUGGCUCUGACCGGAGCGGCAUCAUCUCUCCUGAUGUUUUAUCUGUCUUAUAAUGUGGUGAAGGCUCGGAUUAAAUACAAUGUCCCGUAUCCGACAAUGUACAGUGAUGAUCCAGAGACUGGUCGCCAUUUCAACUGUAUCCAACGAGCGCAUCAGAACACAAUUGAACUCUUGUCGCCAUUCCUGUUUCAUUUAUCUGUGGGAGGGAUUCAGCACCCACGUCUGGCCAGCGCGUUGGGAAUGAUCUGGAUUUUCAGUCGGGUGCUGUACGCUCAGGGAUACUCUACUGGAAAGCCCAAGAAGCGCCACCGAGGGACGUUCGGUAUGGUUGCUUUGCUGGGUCUGUUUCUGUGCACGGUGAACACUGGGAGGACGCUGCUCGGAUGGGACAAUGGGUUGACAUGGGUCAAAUGGCCCAGAUGUUUUAAAUAGUAAAAACUGCAUUUACAUUUCAGUUCCAUUUUAAUUCUACAUUUUGUAAAAUGACUUUAAAAAACACUAAUUUUCUCUGUUGUGAAAACCAGCCUCGCUACACACUGUAAUUUGCUGUGUGUACAUUUGAACUUGAAAUAAACUGUACAAAAG